GUGGCUGAGCUCAGCUUCAACGCCUGAGUCGAUAGUCCAAUCGUCCCUCACAAGAUCAUUUAACAAGCCAGACUAUUCAAAGUUGUUGUUUUCAACAAUGAGCAGCGACGACAACAUUCCGUCCGAGUACCCAUAUGCCUGGUCUUCGAGCUCCCAGCUAUCGCCGGAGGAGUUUCUCACCAAGUACAAGCCGUCGAUGAUCCAGGAUGACGGGACGAAACCUUGGUUGUGGAUACGGAAAUCCACAACAGACCCGGAAGAUACCGACAUGGUCGCCGCAGUAGAGGAGGCGACUGAGAUCUUGGAGGACGUCACGACGAGGGUCGAAGAGAUAAAGAACGACGAUUCGAUACCUGUUCGAGCCAAUAAGAAGAAGGGAACAAAGAGCAAGAAGGAAGUGCGCGAAACGGUCCAAAGCGAGGCCACUGAAAAGCUGAAGGAUAUCUCCAUCCGACAUGGCUUCGUCUCGGGAAAAUGGCUCAUUUUCGCGCCUACCGAUAAGGUUGACCUUGUGUGGUCGACAAUCGCUAACUCCCUCAUAUCGGGCCCGCUUGCUUCCACGAGUGCCCAUUGUGCAAAAGUUGCGACAUGCCCCAAGCACGAAGUCCCGAACUACUCGCACGUUCUUUGCCUCUACGUUCCCAACGUUUAUGACAAGGAAGACGUCACAGAGAUCAUGAAGAUACUACUUCGGAAGCAUGGAAUGAAUCUAAUGGGCGUCAAAUCAAACCUCUACACUGCGAUAGGGCUUGAUAGCAAGCAUCCCAGCGGCAUUCCAUCGACUGUAUGGAAAAACUCAGCACUCAUGCCAGAAACGGAUAUCAAGAAACUGAAAGAGGAGUACUUCGCAGAGCUCGCUGCGGCCAAGAACAACGAUACCGAGAAAACAGCCGCUCGAAAGGCCGCGGCUGGGACCGUGGCCAAGUCAAAGCCCAAAUUGAAGCGAAAGGCUGAAAAUGACGACCCGUUCGCCUCCGAAGACGACGAACCCAAGGACACAAAGUCAGAGGCCAAGAGCAAGAGCCAAGCGGGCGGCGCUUCCACUUCGCAGAAAACAGCGAAAGCAGCACCUAAGACGAAAAAGAGCUCAGCGAAGGACGAGUUCGGCUCAGAUGACGAAGUCGCGGAGGACAGCGAUGCAGAGGCCCGGAAAGCAGAGGUCGCAGCGAAGAAAGCCACCUCCAGGCGCAAGGGUGCAAAGCGGCCCAAGGAAGAUGACGACAAUGACAACGAAACCGAAGACAUCGAGGAACGGCCGAGGCAGAAGGUUCGGAGAUGAGGGUCGGUACAUAGAGUCACCCUCAUCUCCACUUUGUCUUGCUUAUCCCUGUUUGCAUGUUCUGCACUGGCGAUCGCUCUUCUGUAUAGUAUUGACCACUGUGAUUCUGAUCUUCACGGUAUCAAAUCUAUACCUUGUUUGCCGGCUGCUCAAGCACCUCCGCGCAUGAAUUUUGAAUCUUGUCCUGUAAUCCGCAUGAAAGUUGGUGAGGCCG